UCAGUUCGAUAUUUGUCAUGAGGUUCUCUGAAAUAUCGGUCCGUCCUAAUCACGUUGGGGUGUUUGGAUUAUUAUAGCCUUGGGAAUUCAUGAAAUUAUCCGUUAAUUAGCCUUUUUUUCGCGCAUGAAUUCAGUCAACAAUAUGUUAAUUAGCAAAUUAUUAGAAACGGUUAUUUUCGGGGUGAAGAAUGAAUCAUAAUCUAAAAGAAAUAAGAACAGAACACUGCCGAUAUUAAUGUGUUCACGUAUUGAGACAAUUAGAUGAACCAAUGCCAACCAAAUACUUUUUCUGCACAGUCUCUAUCUCGAGGCAAUCGCAUUCAUCCGUUUGAAUAACCAUAGCUUGUGUGAGAAUUACCAUUAGCACUAGAAGCUUGGGCGUUUAAUCAGUCCUGCAGUGCAGCUAUCGCGUGUGUGCUGUGAGAACUAUCCCAUAGAAAAUUUGUUCAAUUUAUUUUUUGUACAGAUACAAAAAAACGAAUAUAAAGCAAGAUUAACUACUGUAUAUCUUAUAAUUAAACGAAUUUAAAGUGCGGAAAAUGGGAGUUCUGAUUGUUUUAGGACAUUUCGCUGCUCCCACUGCGAGUGUGCGGAAUCGCUUCGUAAACUAUCGAACGAAGCGAACGGGGUUGAAUCAGCAAUGUUAUAGUACUUUCCCAACGACAGGUAGGCAUAUGGCUGUGUUAAGUACACCGACGAUAAACACAACACUGUUAGAUGCGCUCGGGUAUUGCUUUAAUGAUAAUGGUGCUAUUAGAUGUAUAUCAACCAGUGUGAUACGCUAUGAACAGCCUUCAUCCAAAGUUGAAGUUACAGUACAAACAAUCAAGCAAUCCAAAAAAGAACAAAGUGGAGAAGUCACUGCUGCAGGUUCUGCAGGUGCAAGCGCUGCGGCUUCCGCAUCUGCCCCAACGCCGCAAACUCAAGUGGUCGCUACAGCACCCGUGAAAAAGACACUGAAACAGCGGAUAUGGGCCGAGGUGCUUCACUAUUAUCACGGGUUUCGGUUACUGUUUAUCGACAUAAAUGUGAGCCGAAAAUUAUUGUGGCGAGUACUUAACGGGAAAACGUUGACGCGGCGAGAGCAUCGACAACUCGUGAGAACCACUUCGGAUUUGUUCCGCUUAGUCCCGUUCUCAGUGUUUAUAAUUGUUCCUUUCAUGGAGUUGUUACUCCCGCUUGCAAUAAAACUGUUCCCGGGAAUGCUCCCAUCAACGUUUCAGACUGUAACCGAACGGGAGGACAAAAUUAAACAAAACCUUAAGGUUAAACUGGAGAUGGCAAAGUUCCUGCAGAAGACUUUGGACGACAUGGCGGUACAAAGUAAAGAUCAUCGUUCGCAAGCGGCUAAAGAUUUCAGUGAGUUUUUCGCAAAGGUGCGUACCACCGACAAUUUCGCUGUUACCAACGAGGACAUCAUAAAAUAUUCGAAACUUUUUGAGGAUGAAAUCACGCUGGAUUCACUUUCUCGACCUCAAUUACAAGCGCUGUGUCGAGUCCUGGAAACCUCCCCUAUUGGUACCUCGAAUUUGCUACGCUUCCAGCUACGAAUGAAAUUGCGUAGCUUGGCUGCCGAUGAUCGAACAAUCCAAAAAGAGGGUAUAGAAUCGCUGAAUUUAUCUGAGCUGCAGGCAGCAUGUCGGGCUCGUGGAAUGCGAGCCUACGGUGCUACUGAGGAACGUCUACAAUCGCAGCUGCGCGAAUGGAUAAAUUUAAGUUUAAACGAAAAAGUUCCCCCCUCACUUCUGUUGCUUUCGCGGGCAUUGAUGUUACCAGAGAAUGUGACCACAAGUGAUAAACUGAAAGCGACCAUCUCAUCGCUUCCAGAUUCGGUGGCCACAGUCACUAAGGCGGCCAUCGGAGAACGCGAGGGUAAAAUCGACAAUAAAACCAAAAUUGAACUCAUCAAAGAGGAAGAACGGAGAAUCAAAGAAGAACGUGAGGAAGAAAAGGAAAAACAAAAAGAGAUUGCGGAAACUUUGGUGGACAAGGCGGCUGUUAUUACCGAUGAGAAAGUCAUUCAUCUCAGUGAACCGGCAGUACAAAUUAGGACAGCGGUCGAUCCACCUGUAAUUCUCGCAUCCGAAGAAAUCUCCAGCAAAGACUUGGAAGUGUUGGGAGAUGCGCUGGGUACACUAAGUAAGGAUAAGAAAACUCUGCUUGUCGAAAAGGAAGAAAUUAAGGACCUGAAAGAAGAAAUCGCGGAUUACCAAGAAGACGUACAGGAGCUUCAAGAGGUUAUUACUGAGGCACCCGAGGGUGUCAAGGUGAAAGAAUCACGUGCAGCUAAACUGUUGUUCAAGAAGGUAAACUCGAUGAUCAAUAAAAUGGAUACAGUCUUUGCCGAUCUAGAGAAGAAAGAAAAAGAAUUGAAGAAACAAGUGAGCGAAGCAGAAGGAAGUCAGUCGACCGUUGAUACUCCAGCUAGCAUUGCAAGUGAAGAACUGGUUCGCAUUGAUGAACUCAUGUCAGCAAUAAAAAAGAUUCAACAGGUUCCCGAUGAUUCUAGAUUAGAUCAAAUUUCGAAAAUCUUAGGAAAAAUUGAUGACGAUCAGGACGGUCAACUUAAGGUGGAGGAUGUUCUCAAGGUGAUUGAAAUCAUCGGAAAGGAAAAUGUUCAAUUGAACACGAAACAAGUGGAUGAACUCAUCGAUUUGCUGGAUAAAGAAGAGGUGCUUGAAGCGGAAGAUAAAAUCGAGAAAGCUCUCAUCAAAAGUUUAGAAGCCAAAGAAAAACAGAAAGAGUUGGAGAGCAAAGAGAAGGAGAAACUUCUUGAAAUACAGGACAAAGCAACUGAUCUAAGCGUUGGUGAAAGUCGGGUGAAGAAAGGAGAUGAUGUGAAGUUGGACGAUUCAGGUCUGGACUCUUCUUAUGUUCGUCAAAACACGCCACAAAGGAAAAAUGGACAAACGGUGUCACCCAGUAUUAAUACAUCUACUGAUAAAGAUUCAGCUCAACAUUCUUCAAGUGGUAGCACUAUUCCGCCUACCAUUGUUCCACCAACUCCCGAAGUUCCAAAACCGGCGCCGGAAAAAAGGAUGUGAUGUUCCCGUAAAGCCAUCGAAGGUGAUUCUAAAUCAUCAGAUAAGUUAUAAAAUUUCAGUGAUUAAACGGCUCCAGCGCUUUUAAUAAUAUUUAUAGUACAUUAUUUGUAUAAAGAAAAUGAGAAAUGUCUGUAGCAUGCUCCAGAACGAACCGUUGUCCUAAUAGGUGAAUGUACAGUUUGUUUAUUGAUAAUAAACCACAGAAAGCACAUCAAUUUAUUUAAUGUACGUGAAUAAAAACGUCUUUUCGUCUCUAUUUUCAAUGUAGAAUGUGCGAAUGAGUAAAACAAAAAUAUUUGUUAACAAGGUUAAUGGAUAUUAUACAUCGGUUAUCUUAAAAUUGAAACUAUGUGUACGCCAAAACUAAUUUAUUCCACUCCGUCUUCAUGGUAAUUGCGCAGGGUUAGAACUAACAUUGAUUUAGUCAAAACAUACACUCUUCUUUCAAUCGCAUUUUUCGCAGCUUAUUAUGUACUUCACAUUAAUGUUGCCAUGAAUAAUAUAUUUCGGUGACAACUGGCAAAAUCUUGUUCUCUUACAAUACCCGCCUCAGCCGUAAAACAAUAUUCGAAUGAAAAUAAAAGAAACAUUGUACAUUGUAA